CGAUUUCUGUUGACACAAAGUAAAAGUGACGUUUCUUUGCGUAUGUGGAAUUUCACGAUUACCUGAAUUUUAUAUUAUUUUCAGCAGAUUGUAGUAAAAGAAGCAGACUUUUCCCUAAAAAGUUAAGUUUUUAAAACCUUAUCAACAAUGACUUCCGACUGGGAUGAAAUUAAGCGGUUAGCCGCCGAUUUACAAAAGGCUCAACUUUCUACAACCAUGCAAAGGUUGUCGGAACGAAACUGUGUGGAGGUUAUCAGCUUGCUCAUUUCCAAAGGUUUAUUGGAUGUGAUUUUCACCACCGACGGAAAAGAAUAUGUUACCUAUGCCCACCUGAAGCAAGAGAUGAAAGAUGAAAUGUUCGUCCAAGGUGGCCGAGUCAAUUUGGUAGAUCUGGCCAAGACACUGAAUGUUGAUUUUGAUAAAAUUCAACGAAUGGCGGAUCAAAUUAUCUCGGAAGAUAGAUCGAUUAAAUUCAUUCUUGGGCAAUUAUUCGAUGAAGCUUAUAUGCAGCGGGUAUCCUUGGAGAUUAACGAAAAGCUGGCCCAAGACGGACAAAUCGACGUUGCCGAUUUAACGAUUCAGUACGAUUUACCGGCUGAUUUCAUUUUGAAUUCUAUUAUGUUAAAAUAUCUCAACAAAACCAUCAUGGGGAAGCAGGAUUCAUCUAAUGCAAAUAUCUUUUUCACACAAUCGUACAUAACUCGAAAUAAAGCUAAAAUUCGAGGCGCUCUGGUGGCUAUUACCAAGCCGACCCCUGUUUCGGCUAUUCUCGCUCAAAGUGGUAUUCCGGAUAAGUUGUUCUACUUGUUGAUUCAUGAAGUAGCAACUAUGGGGGUUUUGACUUCAAAAUCGCCAGGAGCUCUUUAUAUUCCUCACCUUUUCACUAAAAUGCAAGUGGAAUGGGUUCAAAAUUUUUACCGGCAGAACGGUUAUUUAGAGUACGAUUCAGUAGCGAGGUUAGGGGUUACGGAUGUUAAGGCUUUCAUUGCCAGCCAUUUACCGAAUGAGAAUAUAACGCAUUUGAAAAAAUGCUGCAUUGGUGAUAAACUGAUUGAACAAGUUACCGCUUCACUGGAUGAGUGCAUCGUUACUAAUAGUUAUUUGGACAUAUCCACCGUUUUGCCGUCGAUUAUGGAUGACGAUGAUCUCGAGGAAUUGCUAUCAAAAGUUAUUUCGCCAGUUAAGCUAAACCAAACACUUACUUUUGGCAGCACAAUUUUGACUAAUAAAUUUAUUGAGGACAUUAUAAAACCUUGCUUCGAUAUAGCGAAUGAAAAUGCUAGAAAGUCUGUCGACAGUGGAAGCUACCAGAAGUAUAUGGCGGAAAAAAUGAUGAAACAUAACGAUACUACUGUCGGCAAGGAGCCCGUCGGUGGUGAGAGCAAGGCUGAUAAGCGCGAAGAACGUCGCAAGAAAGCAGCUGGUGGAAAGGGAGGUGGUGGUACCCAGGGACGUGAGACCAAAACCAAGUCAACGAAAAAGCAUUCCCGUGGGAACAGAGGUAAUGUUUCGGAUUCUGACGACGAAGUACCCGGAGGCAAUGUCGCCAAAAAAGCCGGGAAGGAAGCUACGAUGGAGUUAAUAACGGUGAAGGAUAUUACGAAGGUACUUGAGGUUGGACUGGAACCCGAGGGUCUCGACGAUCUUUCCAAACUGUUGGCGCAGCAUUAUUACCCUCAAUUCAGCAAACUUGCGAUGGCUAAAGCCCAUGAACUGUACGAAAUAUCACUGCAUCAGAGCAACCAAAACCGCCGACAAACGCAUGCAAAUUUACAGAAUAAACUGAACAAUUUGUAUAAUGAUAUUCGACUUUACGACAAAGGAAUAAAAAUGCUGCCAGUCGAUGUGCAGCAACAGUUAAUCAAGUAUUUGCUGAAGACGCUUGGAACGGAAUUUUGCAAUGAAAUAUUUUUCUACGUGGCCGCUGAGUGCAACUUGAACAGCAACGGAACGACGUUAACGGCGGAACAGCGAACUAAAAUUUCUCAGGAUUGCAGCCAGGAGUAUAAGGCGGCGUUGCUUGCAUUAAACAAGGCGACAAAUAGUAGUGCCUCUAUUGAUGAUUACCUUGUGGUAGCGGAAAAUGCUCUGCAAGUUUGCAGUAUGAUAUUGAAAAAAAUAGACAAGAAGAAAGAUCGAAAUUUGAUUCUAUGUCACAAGCAUGGUUUGCUGGAGCAGCUAUCGGGCUGUACCGAUCCGGCUUUAGUGUUGCAUUUGGCUGUGCUAGUAAUUUUCACGAUUUCAACCCAAAGUAUGCUACACGCGUCCGGACGGUUCGUGUCUGCUAUUUUGAGUUUCCUGCAGCCUUCGCUCAGCCCGGAACACGCUCAAACACUGACAACAUACCAUGAUGCGGUACUAAAACUACUUAGCGCCGAGAGUGCCACAGGAGAUAGCAAGUCCAAUGUAGAUGCUAUCACGAAGCAGCUGGAAGAGUUGACACCUGUAGUUAAGGAAAUAGCGACAAACUUCAAGAAAUUGGGCGUUACAAGUGCCGAGUGAUAUUUUGAAUUUUAUUGUUUUGGGUUUGCUGAAGUGUUACUAUAAUAGAUGCGCUGCUUCUUUUUUCAAAUAAAAAAACAUCGUUUUUGUGAUGUAGCUACACCAGAACUCCACUUUUGCUUUCCGUGGAACCUGUCCCGUGUA